CUUUAUCUCUAUACUAAUAACUAUUAUUAUUUUUAUUAAUACGUGUCAUUUUACGCGGGUAUAAAAACUUGAAAUUUAAUUUCCGAGUUCAGUUUAAAAUUUUUCUUGAUCCAAAUCAGUCGAAAAAAAAAAAAAAUGAAAUUAUUUAUAAUUAUUUGUGUCAUUGGUAUUGCGAUUGGGUUUCCGGCAAUGGAGGAUACUAAUCAAAACUGGGGCUUUGUUAUUAAAGAUGAUAUUCCCGAGGACGAUGAAGCCUAUGGAAGCCGGCCACUAAGUUUUGACCCAAUUCCACCCAGACCUCGUCGCUUGAAUAAGCCAGUGAUGACAUCACCACCGAGUCAUGUUGAUCCGAGACCAUCAGUACCAUUGGACAUGAGUCUUCACCCAGCUGUAUGGAAUGAAAUGAACAAAGAUGCAAUUUAUUUUAGAGACUCUGAUUAUUAAGGAUAUUAAAAUCAUUAAUAAAAGUAAUUACUAAUUUUUAAAAAAUAAUAAAAAAUUGUAAUAAAAUAAAUAAACUUGACGGUAG